AGUGGCUAGAAAUCCGAACCGAGGCUCCCACAGCGAAAUGCCAGGCCCAGUGAACGGCGUGAACGGCUAUCACGCUGCAGCAGACGAGGAGGAGAUAGACUAUAGCGAUAUCGAGCAAAAGUACACACCUCACUAUGCCUCACCGCUCGCUUCUGCCGUCUUGAUCGAUGGCGCACCCGUCGUUGGACCAGAGAGACGUGCUAAGCUGCUCAGUGCGAUUCAGAAGAGGUUCAAUGAGCGAGGCAUCUCCGUCGAGACCAAAGAUAUGGACAUGCCCAUGACAGAGGGCGACGACCCAAAAUCAAAAGGACUGGUGUUUGUGACCUUUGCGACACCUGCAAUAGCACAGAAUGCCGCUCGAGCUCUCGACAAUUUCGCCUUCGACAAAAAACAUACUCUCGCCGUCAAGACGUUCGACGAUGUUGAGCGUGUCCUGAAGACCACAGAAGAGUGGCAAGAUCCUCCCGAAGAGCCCUACGUGCCCAAGGAUCAUCUCAGGUCCUGGCUUGCCGACACUGCCGGUCGAGAUCAGGUUGUCCUAUACAGAGGCGACGAUGUCCAGAUUCACUGGGCCAAUCGGACCGGCAGCCUGGAGCUCGAUCACCAGCGUCAGAAAUGGACAGAAUCAUAUACGAGCUGGUCACCCUUUGGCACCUACUUCGCGACGGUGCAUGCGCAAGGUAUUGUGCUUUGGGGUGGUCCCAAAUUCGACAGAGUCAAUCGCUUCCCACACAACGAAGCCAAGCUCAUCGAUUUCUCCCCCAACGAACGGUACCUCGUCACAUGGUCCCCGCGCCCUAUCGAGAUCCCGACAGAUCCUCGAGCGCCCAAUCCCUGGACGGCAGACGACGAGGGCAACCAUGUCUGUAUAUGGGAUGUCGUCACGGGCAAGCUCUUGCGGUCGUUUGCCAUGAUUCCAGAUCCAACGACGAACGAGGCCGGCAAGAGGCAAAUCUUCUGGCCCAUGUUCAAGUGGUCGCCCGAUGAGAAAUACUUUGCUCGCAUUACCCCUGGCCAGCAGAUCAGCGUCUACGAAGCUCCUUCGAUGGGCUUGAUUGACAAGAAGAGCGUCAAGAUCGAAGGUGUCGUCGAUUUCGAAUGGUCGCCCAUGAGCGAAGCGGACAGAGAGGCCGACGCUGCAGACUCGAAGGAAGAAGCGCAGGCGAGUACGUCGAAAGCGCCCGCCAAGGCCAAGAAAGUCAGAGAGAACGUCAUUGCCUUUUGGGUGCCGGAAUUGCAGAACCAGCCCGCCCGCGUCAGCCUCAUGGCACUGCCCUCGCGCACCAUCCUGCGCUCACGAAAUUUGGUGUCGGUCUCCGAUUGCAAGCUGCAUUGGCAGUCUGAAGGCGAUUAUCUAUGCGUAAAGGUCGACAGGCAUUCGAAGACGAAGAAGACCAUGUUCUGCAAUCUCGAAAUCUUCCGAUUGCGCGAAAAGGACUUCCCAGUCGAAGUGAAGGAGAUCAAGGACACAGUGACAGCUUUUGCGUGGGAGCCCAAAGGAUCCCGAUUCGUCAUGAUCACUAGCAGCGAUCCCAAUGUCAUCGGAGGUGCACCAGGCUCGUUUGCAACGAGCGUCCUCUUCCAUCAGCUCGACACGCGCAAGGGCAACUUUGUGCUACAAAAGACAAUCGAGAAAAGGCUGGUCAACACAGUCUUCUGGUCGCCAAAAGGUCGCUUCGUUGUUCUGGCGACAUUAGGCUCAUCGACCAAAUUCGACCUCGAAUUCUGGGACACCGAGCUGGAAGCGGCUAGCGGCGCAGAUCUCAAUGAGCCUGGCGUCAACAUACAGCUCCUCACGGCUAUUGAGGAAUACGGCAUGACUACUGUCGACUGGGAUCCCAGUGGACGUUAUGUCGCCACAAGUGGAAGUAUCUGGACUGGCUCGAUGGAGCCAAGCUUUGCAUUGUUCGAUUUCAAAGGCAACCAGCUCGCAGCGCAGACGGUGGAUAAAUUCAAGCAGCUCGUCUGGCGACCGCGACCGCGUACGCUGCUCACGAAAGAGAUGCAACAGAAGAUUAGGCGUAAUUUGCGCGAGUACGGACGGCAGUUCGAGGAACAAGAUCAGCUCGAGGAGUCCAACGUGUCCGCGGAGCAAGUCGCGCUCAGAGCCCGACUCAUACAAGAAUGGAAUGCUUGGCGACGCAAUACGAUCGAAGAGCUCGAAGAGGAGCGUGAGCAACUCGGUCGCAAGCCGCUCAAGGACACCACAGCCGACGAUGGUGCUCUGGAGGUGGUCGAGGAAUGGGUUGAGGAGAUCAUCGAUGAAGUGGAAGAGGUCGUCGUCUAGAUUUGUCUCGAUGGACAUGCAUGCGCUUUGCUACAACAAC